UCCGAAGCCAAGAAGGCGAAGAGAGCAUUCCGGUGCCAGUUCUGCCCCAAGGAGUUUCUCCGGAAUGAACACUUACAACGACAUGAACGAUUACAUACAAAGGAAAAGCCGUUCCGCUGCACAGCAUGCUCGGAGAGAUUUACCCGACGG